AUGGUAAAGCCGAACAAUGAAGCGGGUACAGUCAGCACCUUAAAGUCGCUACAGAUCCACGUUCCAACAGCGGUUUUAACGGGUCGAGAUGCGGAACUUAUGUGCACUUAUGAACUGGAGGGCGCGCAGCUAUAUUCUAUAAGAUGGUAUAGAAAUAUGAUCGAAUUCUAUCGCUAUGUGCCUAAAGAGUCGCCUGCCACCAAAGUUUUUCCUGUUGCUGAGAUUAAAGUUGACGUAGCAAAAUCAGAUCAGAACCGGGUGGUACUGACAGACGUGGACAGGUCCUUAACUGGAGAAUACCAGUGCGAAGUGUCAGCGGACGCCCCCCUCUUCCAUACAGACAUCAAAGCGGCGAAGAUGGUUGUUGUUGAACCACCUCUAAUUGGCCCUAACAUCACAACGAAUCUUGUGAUGUAUGUUGGAGGGGACCACAUUCAGUCAAACUGUUCCUCAGCUCCUUCUCUACCCGCAGCUAACGUCACUUGGUACGUCAACGAACAGAUGGUGCCGAGCUUCACAGCGAACCACGUGACUAACUUCUCAAACGGAUACGCGUCUACUUUGUCUACAUUAGAACUAGAGACAGCUGUGGAGUCCCCCUUUCCUGUACUUAUGAUACGUUGUGAAGCGUCAAUAUUCGACGUGUGGAAAGCGACGAGCCCCGUCGUUGCCCUGAGGGAGCAAAACGCGAAACCGGUUUCAGCGCUAGGACGUAGUCUCACAGGUAUUUCGAUUCUAUUUUCACCUCAGUCACUCGAGCUAACUGUGUAA